UUUCCUUCACGCGGAUCACGGGCUAGUUUUGUGUUAGCUCGCUCAGCAGAGUGGGCACUGUAGACUGGGUGUAAACACACACACACACUCACACACUGCGUGAGUUUUCCGUGGUGUUUAAUGAGAGACGUGGUGGUGUUUCGGUAGUUUCUGACUGAGGAACAUGUCUGUGUUGGGGAGUUUGUUGAACACCGGGAUGUCACUGUGGAGAAGCUCCCUGCAGCUCUGCACCACACACCUACACACAGGAACAUGUUUACGUGUACGAAUGCAUGCCAUCCCACCCCUGAAGCAGGUGGACCGGUGGACGGAGAAGAGGAGCAUGUUCGGCGUCUACGACAACAUCGGAGUUCUGGGUGAUUUUAAAGCCCAUCCCAAACAGCUGAUCAAAGGACCUGUGUGGCUGCGUGGUUUCCGUGGUAACGAGUACCAGCGGCUGACACGUAAGAAGAGGAUGGUGGGAGAUCGCAUGAUGACGGAGGACAAACUGAUACUGGAGAAGAGGCUGCGCUUCCUGUAUCGUCGCUUCAACCGCUACGGCAAACAUAGAUAGACUGUGUGUUUGUGUGUGUGUGUUUUUUCAGUUAAAUUAGGAAUGAAAUAAAAAUAAAUAUUUAUGUUACAUCUGUUUAUUAAAAAAAAAAAAAUCAAA